AUGGCCCAGUACCACAACGCGGCCGCAUCCAACCUGAGCCCGACGACCUCCAACCCUCCGUCCACUGCCACCGCGAACGCUGCCGCUACCCCGGCGGGCCAGCCUCUGGGCCCCCAGCACAAACGCGUUUACCAAGCUUGCAUCCCGUGUCGUCGCAGAAAGGUCCGUUGCGAUCUGGGCAGCGUCGACAACCCCCACGAUCCCCCCUGCGUACGAUGCCGUCGCGAGAGCAAAGAAUGUUAUUUCAGCGCAACGAGGAGGAAGCGCAAGGCCGAGGACGGCGAGGAUCCCGAGCCCGAGGACGUCGACGACUACACAAUACGCAAUGGCCGUAAGCGCGUUCACGUCAGCGGCAGCCCCCCCGUCGCCAUCGACCGCCGCCUCUACAGCGAAGUGCCCUUGACCCCCGGAGGCUCCAUGGGUAGAAACCAACCUUUGCGCCGGCCUACUGACGGCGGCACCCCGAGCACCACGAGCCAGGCCGAUAGUCGUCACCGGAGCGACUACGUCCUCGACGACGAACCCAACGCCCAGCUCGAGAACCGCGAAGCCCAGGACCUCAUGCGCCCCGGCGUCUACGGACCCCACGACGCUCUGGAUCUGCUAUACAAGGCGGCUACGGAUAGGUCAGUCCAGCUCCGCCAUGCCCAAGUCGCGGCUGCUUACCACCCCCCGGCCCGCAGCCCUGUAACCAACAACCACAAGCGUCAUGAAAGUGUCGCUUCCAUACCCGCCAUGCCGCAGCAGCCCGUCACCGUCACGCCCGGUGCGACGUUGAAGCCCGUGAGCAGUAGUGGACGGCCAUCGGCCCCGGUUGCGCUUGAGCCGCAGCCCAUUGACCCGGCGUUGACGAGACAUGAUCUCUCUGGUGAGCCUGGUUACCCGGACGCCAUCAAGGCCUGGGGGAGGUUCAGAUUUGUCAGAGCCGGCUGGUUUUCCGCGCAAGAGGCUAUUGACUAUAUUGACUACUACUACGAAUACCUUUCACCGCUUACACCAAUCUCUCCACCAACUUUCCGCAACCCUGCAUCUCACAUCACCUUAUUGACGGAAGAACCCAUCCUCACCAUCACCCUUCUCACCAUCUCCUCGAGAUAUCGCAAAAUUCCCGGGACAGGUGGCCAAUGCCGGUCCAACGCAAUCCAUGAACAGCUCUGGACAUAUCUUCGGGGCAUGAUUGAGAGGUGUUUGUGGGGCCAAGAGGCAUUUGGGGGCGGUGUUGCAGCUAUGGCUGGCGCAUCAUCUGUCCCCGACGAUCAGACAAGCAGCACAGCGCCCUGGCGUGGAAUGAGAAAAGGCAGCCUGCGAACUUUGGGCACUAUCGAGUCACUGAUGAUUCUCACAGAGUGGCACCCUAGAGCGCUCCACUUUCCGCCAGCUGAGGCCAUCGACGAGCUCAUGCUUCCGUCAUACGAAGGCAGUGACAUGAUUAGCACAGACGAGCACGGUAACCAGCGACCGUCCGCUAACAUUGGCGGGAAGCGACUCGACAGCUGGCUUGAACCCGCCUGGAGGAGCGAUAGGAUGUGCUGGAUGCUUCUUAGUACCGCCAUGGGUCUCGCGUACGAGCUUGGCGUUUUUGACGACAUUGACGAGCUAUUGCGCGACGGUGCCAUCUCCCGCCCCGAGUACGAGGAAGAGGUGUACCGUCAAAGGGCGUACCGCAUCAAGCGCCUCCUGUUGAUCUACCUGUCCCAGCUCGCCGGUCGCCUCGGUUGGACAAGCAUGGUUCCCGAGACCCUCCGCAAGAGCGACCCAGCGGUAACUCGUCGACGCCCAACAUCCACAGAGGGCACAACGCCUGGGACCAACCCAUCAUCCAUGUCCAAUGCCUUCAACUACAUCCCGGACCUAGAGCUCGAUGACCAAAUAAUACACUGCUGGGCUGGCAUCAGCAACGCGAUGCACAUUGGCAACGAAAAGUUUUUCAAAUCACGCAAGCAUACCACCGACAUCAUCCAGAGCGGGAAGUACACAGAGAUGCUCAAAGACUUCCACCCGCUGCUCCAAGAUUGGUGGAAAGAAUUUGAGCGAUUCAGGCUACCCCCUUACAUCAGACACAUUCUGACCAUCGAGUACGAGUAUGUGCGCAUCUACGUCAACUCGCUAUCUUUACAAGCUGUCGUUGAACGGUGUACCAACAACGCCGGUCACACGGCUCAUGCGGGCCACGGUGCCCAUGGCAACCACAACGCUGGAAGCGCGGCACAGUUGUCCCCCCAGACGCAGAACUACUUUGGCAAGCUGCCUUUGGGCCAGCUGGGCGGCUUCGGCGCCAGCGAUCAGGAGUACAUUAAAGAGGUCAUCAGCGGCUGCCGCAACUUGCUCCGGACGGUCGUCGAGGGUCUCCUACCGGGCGACUAUCUCAAGCACGCCCCCGUGCGGACUUACUUCCGUAUCAUCAGCGGUGCCAUGUUCUUGCUCAAGACCUUUGCUCUGGGUGCCCCGCGGUCGGAUGUCAAGCUCAGCAUCGACUUGAUGGACGAGACUGUCAAGGCACUACGUAACUGCAUCGUUGACGACGUUCACCUUGGGAUUCGGUUUGCAGAUCUGCUCGACUCCUUGACAAGUCGGCUCCGAAAUCGGUUCAUCCAAGCCCCGGCUCUAGGACUCGGGUCUGCGGAUGGCCGGAGUCCAGACCCCCACGCCGUCACCAAUGGUUCCGCCGCUGCCAAUGGCCAGCUGGUCAACGGUUCAGAGGGUCAGUCGUGGGCGAACCACGCCUCGAAAUUACGGGAUGGACUCAACGCACAUGACGACCCCGACAACAUUUCCGCAACACCCUAUGACCUCAGCACAGGCACCUUCCCUUACCCCUCAGGCGCGGCCUCAGUCCUCGGCCCCUCCACGCCGGCACCGCCUCCUGAGAACGGCGGGACAGCAAACGCCAACAACAACAAUGUGCCGUCGUCCACGACGGGGGGCAUGGAGAGUCUCUUUGACUCGACGGAUUGGAACAACCCAAGCAACGAGAUGUGGUACCUUCCGCCCGGGCCGGCCUUUUUCCAGAACAUGGACAACACGGCCGUUGCUAUGACGGCUGAGGGCGUCAACGUCGGCGGUCUCGAUCUUCUCGAGUACAUGGCCAUGGAUACGGGGUUCCCCGUCCUAGACGGUCCUUCGUCGUUUCCCUGA